AUGUCCUACGGUCCUCCUCAAGGCGGCGGCUACUACCAACAAGGUCCACCCCAAGGUUACUACCAACAGGGCCCUCCUCCCCCACAGGGAGGCUACUAUCAACAACAGCAGCCGAUGUAUGUUCAACAACAACCUCAAAGCGGUGGAGGUGGAUGCUGCGCUACAUGCUGUGGCUGUCUUGCGGCCAUCAUCUGCUGCUGCUGUGCUGAGGAGUGCUUGGCUUGUGUCACUUAA